CUGCGCGCGGCGGAGCAGCGGCGGCGGCGAGGGCUUCGCCGGAGGUGGCGCGCCGGGGCUGCAGGAGGCCGGCCGCCGAGGCCGGGGCUGAGUGAACUCAUGGACCUGAUACUUUUCUCUUGAGAAACAAACUAGCUCAAAAGAAAAAAUGGCAUUUGUUGCAACACAAGGGGCCACUGUGGUUGACCAAACCACUCUGAUGAAAAAGUACCUUCAGUUUGUGGCAGCUCUCACAGAUGUAAAUACACCUGAUGAAACAAAGUUAAAAAUGAUGCAAGAAGUUAGUGAAAAUUUUGAGAAUGUAACGUCAUCUCCUCAGUAUUCUACAUUCCUGGAACAUAUCAUCCCUCGAUUUCUUACAUUUCUUCAAGAUGGGGAAGUUCAGUUUCUUCAGGAGAAACCAGCCCAGCAACUGCGGAAGCUAGUACUUGAAAUAAUUCAUAGAAUACCAACCAAUGAACAUCUUCGUCCUCAUACAAAAAAUGUUUUGUCUGUGAUGUUUCGCUUUUUAGAGACGGAAAAUGAAGAAAAUGUUCUUAUUUGUCUAAGAAUAAUUAUUGAGCUGCACAAACAGUUCAGGCCACCAAUCACACAAGAAAUUCAUCAUUUUUUGGAUUUUGUGAAACAGAUUUAUAAGGAGCUUCCAAAAGUAGUGAAUCGCUACUUUGAGAACCCUCAGGUGAUCCCUGAGAACACAGUCCCUCCUCCAGAAAUGGUUGGUAUGAUAACGACGAUUGCUGUGAAAGUCAAUCCCGAGCGUGAGGACAGUGAGACACGAACACAUUCCAUCAUUCCAAGAGGAUCACUUUCUCUGAAAGUGUUAGCAGAAUUGCCCAUUAUUGUUGUUUUAAUGUAUCAGCUCUACAAACUGAACAUCCACAAUGUUGUUGCUGAAUUCGUGCCCUUGAUCAUGAACACCAUUGCAAUUCAGGUGUCUGCACAAGCCAGGCAACAUAAGCUUUACAACAAGGAGUUGUAUGCUGACUUCAUUGCUGCUCAGAUUAAAACGCUGUCAUUUUUAGCUUAUAUCAUCAGAAUUUACCAGGAGUUGGUGACUAAGUACUCUCAGCAGAUGGUGAAAGGGAUGCUACAGCUACUGUCAAAUUGUCCAGCAGAGACCGCACACCUCAGAAAGGAGCUUCUGAUUGCUGCAAAACACAUCCUCACCACAGAGCUGAGAAACCAGUUCAUUCCUUGCAUGGACAAGCUGUUUGAUGAAUCCAUACUAAUUGGCUCAGGAUAUACUGCUCGAGAGACUCUAAGGCCCCUCGCCUACAGCACACUGGCUGACCUCGUGCACCACGUUCGACAGCACCUGCCCCUCAGUGACCUCUCCCUCGCCGUCCAGCUCUUUGCCAAGAACAUCGACGACGAGUCCCUGCCCAGCAGCAUCCAGACCAUGUCCUGCAAGCUCCUGCUGAACCUGGUAGACUGCAUCCGCUCCAAGAGCGAGCAGGAGAGUGGCAACGGGAGAGAUGUCCUGAUGCGGAUGCUGGAGGUGUUUGUUCUCAAAUUCCACACCAUUGCUCGGUACCAGCUCUCUGCCAUCUUUAAGAAGUGCAAGCCUCAGUCGGAACUCGGAGCCGUGGAAACAGCUCUGCCUGGGGUGCCCACUGCCCCUGCAGCUCCAGGCCCAGCCCCCUCCCCAGCCCCUCCCGGCCCCACCCCAUUCACCCACCCAGCCACCCCUGUGACCCCAGCCCCCGUGCCUCCCUUUGAGAAGCAAGGAGAAAAAGAUAAAGAAGACAAGCAGACGUUCCAGGUCACAGAUUGCCGCAGUUUGGUAAAAACCUUGGUCUGUGGUGUCAAGACAAUCACCUGGGGCAUAACAUCUUGUAAAGCACCUGGUGAAGCUCAGUUUAUUCCCAACAAGCAGUUACAGCCCAAAGAGACACAGAUUUACAUAAAACUUGUGAAAUAUGCAAUGCAGGCUUUAGAUAUUUAUCAGGUCCAGAUAGCAGGAAAUGGUCAAACGUACAUUCGUGUUGCAAACUGCCAGACUGUUCGAAUGAAGGAAGAGAAGGAGGUGUUGGAACACUUCGCUGGUGUGUUCACAAUGAUGAAUCCUUUAACAUUUAAAGAAAUCUUUCAAACUACAGUCCCUUAUAUGGUGGAAAGAAUCUCAAAAAAUUACGCUCUUCAGAUUGUUGCCAAUUCCUUCUUGGCAAAUCCUACUACCUCUGCUCUGUUUGCUACAAUUCUGGUGGAAUAUCUCCUUGAUCGCCUGCCAGAAAUGGGCUCCAACGUAGAGCUAUCCAACCUGUACCUCAAGCUGUUUAAGUUGGUCUUUGGCUCCGUCUCCCUCUUUGCAGCUGAAAAUGAACAAAUGCUCAAGCCUCACCUGCACAAGAUUGUGAACAGCUCGAUGGAGCUCGCACAGACCGCCAAGGAGCCCUACAACUACUUCCUGUUGCUCCGGGCACUCUUCCGCUCUAUCGGCGGAGGCAGCCAUGAUCUCCUGUAUCAGGAAUUUCUGCCUCUCCUCCCCAACCUCCUGCAAGGACUGAACAUGUUGCAGAGCGGCCUGCACAAGCAGCACAUGAAGGACCUCUUUGUGGAACUGUGUCUCACGGUACCCGUGCGGCUGAGCUCUCUCUUGCCCUAUCUGCCCAUGUUAAUGGAUCCCUUAGUGUCCGCACUCAAUGGGUCUCAGACGUUGGUCAGCCAAGGCCUGAGGACUCUGGAGUUGUGUGUGGACAACCUGCAGCCCGACUUCCUAUAUGACCACAUUCAGCCUGUCCGCGCAGAGCUCAUGCAGGCUUUGUGGCGUACCUUACGCAAUCCUGCUGACAGCAUCUCCCACGUGGCCUAUCGUGUACUUGGUAAAUUUGGUGGCAGUAACAGGAAGAUGUUGAAGGAGUCCCAGAAGCUGCACUAUGUUGUGACGGAAGUUCAAGGCCCCAGUAUUACAGUAGAGUUUUCCGAUUGUAAAGCAUCUCUUCAGCUCCCAAUGGAGAAGGCCAUUGAGACCGCUCUGGACUGCCUGAAAAGCGCCAACACGGAGCCCUACUACCGGAGGCAGGCGUGGGAGGUGAUCAGGUGCUUCCUCGUGGCUAUGAUGAGCUUAGAGGACAACAAGCACGCGCUCUACCAGCUGCUCGCGCACCCCAACUUUACAGAAAAGACCAUACCCAAUGUUAUCAUAUCACAUCGCUACAAAGCACAAGACACCCCAGCCCGGAAGACAUUUGAGCAGGCCCUGACCGGGGCCUUCAUGUCUGCUGUCAUUAAGGACCUGCGGCCCAGCGCCCUGCCCUUUGUGGCCAGCUUGAUCCGCCACUAUACGAUGGUGGCAGUUGCUCAGCAGUGCGGUCCUUUCUUGCUCCCUUGCUACCAGGUGGGCAGCCAGCCCAGCACAGCCAUGUUUCACAGUGAAGAAAAUGGGUCGAAAGGAAUGGAUCCCUUGGUUCUUAUUGAUGCAAUAGCUAUCUGUAUGGCAUAUGAAGAAAAGGAACUUUGCAAAAUUGGGGAGGUGGCCUUAGCUGUGAUAUUUGACGUUGCAAGUAUCAUCCUGGGCUCAAAGGAGAGGGCGUGCCAGCUGCCCCUGUUUUCAUACAUUGUAGAGCGCUUGUGUGCAUGUUGUUAUGAGCAGGCGUGGUACGCAAAGCUGGGGGGCGUGGUGUCCAUUAAGUUUCUCAUGGAGAGGUUGCCUCUCACUUGGGUUCUCCAGAACCAGCAGACUUUCCUCAAAGCGCUUCUGUUUGUCAUGAUGGACUUAACAGGAGAGGUUUCCAACGGGGCAGUUGCCAUGGCAAAGACCACCCUGGAGCAGCUUCUGAUGAGGUGCGCAACACCUUUAAAAGACGAGGAGAGAGCUGAAGAGAUUGUGGCAGCUCAGGAAAAGUCUUUUCACCAUGUGACACAUGAUUUGGUUCGAGAAGUCACCUCCCCUAACUCCACUGUGAGAAAACAGGCUAUGCAUUCACUGCAGGUACUGGCCCAGGUCACUGGAAAAAGCGUGACAGUGAUAAUGGAGCCCCAUAAAGAGGUCCUCCAGGAUAUGGUUCCACCUAAGAAGCACCUGCUCCGACACCAGCCUGCCAACGCCCAGAUUGGCCUGAUGGAAGGGAACACGUUCUGUACCACGUUACAGCCCAGGCUCUUCACAAUGGAUCUUAACGUGGUGGAGCAUAAGGUGUUCUACACAGAGCUGUUGAAUUUGUGUGAGGCUGAAGAUUCAGCUUUGACAAAGCUGCCCUGUUACAAAAGCCUUCCAUCGCUUGUACCUUUACGGAUUGCAGCAUUAAAUGCACUUGCUGCCUGCAAUUACCUUCCUCAGUCCAGGGAGAAGAUCAUCGCUGCACUCUUCAAAGCCCUGAAUUCCACCAAUAGUGAGCUCCAGGAGGCCGGGGAAGCCUGUAUGAGAAAGUUUUUAGAGGGUGCUACGAUAGAAGUAGAUCAGAUUCACACACACAUGCGACCUUUGCUGAUGAUGCUGGGAGAUUAUCGAAGCUUGACCUUGAAUGUUGUGAAUCGUCUGACUUCUGUUACCAGGCUCUUCCCAAAUUCUUUCAAUGAUAAAUUUUGUGAUCAGAUGAUGCAACAUUUGCGCAAGUGGAUGGAAGUGGUGGUCAUCACCCACAAGGGGGGCCAGCGGAGCGACGGAAACGAAAGCAUUUCAGAGUGCGGGAGAUGUUCCUUGUCUCCAUUCUGUCAGUUUGAGGAAAUGAAGAUUUGUUCAGCAAUUAUAAACCUUUUUCAUCUGAUCCCAGCUGCACCUCAGACUCUGGUCAAGCCUCUGUUAGAGGUUGUGAUGAAGACAGAAAGGGCAAUGCUGAUCGAGGCGGGCAGUCCGUUCAGAGAGCCUCUGAUCAAGUUCCUGACUCGGCACCCCUCGCAGACGGUGGAGCUGUUCAUGAUGGAAGCGACACUGAAUGAUCCCCAGUGGAGCAGAAUGUUUAUGAGUUUUUUAAAACACAAAGACGCCAGGCCUUUGCGGGAUGUGCUGGCAGCCAACCCCAACAGGUUUAUCACACUGCUGCUUCCUGGGGGUGCCCAGACCGCCGUGCGCCCCGGCUCGCCCAGCACCAGCACCAUGCGCUUGGACCUCCAGUUCCAGGCCAUCAAGAUCAUAAGUAUUAUAGUAAAAAACGAUGACUCCUGGCUGGCCAAUCAGCAUUCUCUGGUGAGCCAGUUGAGACGCGUGUGGGUCAGUGACACCUUCCAAGAAAGACACCGCAAGGAGAACAUGGCUGCCACCAACUGGAAGGAGCCCAAGCUGCUGGCCUUCUGCCUGCUGAGCUACUGCAAAAGGAAUUAUGGAGAUAUAGAAUUGCUGUUCCAGCUGCUCCGAGCCUUUACUGGUCGUUUUCUCUGCAACAUGACGUUCUUAAAAGAGUAUAUGGAAGAAGAGAUUCCGAAAAAUUACAGCAUUGCUCAGAAACGAGCCCUGUUUUUUCGCUUUGUAGAGUUCAAUGACCCCAACUUUGGAGAUGAACUGAAAGCCAAGGUUUUGCAGCAUAUCUUGAAUCCUGCUUUCUUACACAGCUUUGAGAAGGGGGAAGGGGAGCAGCUCUUAGGACCUCCUAACCCAGAGGGAGAUAACCCAGAAAGCAUCACCAGCGUGUUUAUAAGCAAGGUCCUGGAUCCAGAGAAGCAGGCGGACAUGCUGGACUCGCUGAGGAUUUACCUCCUGCAGUACGCCACGCUGCUGGUGGAGCACGCACCCCACCACAUCCACGACAACAACAAGAACCGCAACAGCAAGCUGCGCCGCCUGAUGACCUUCGCGUGGCCCUGCCUGCUCUCCAAGGCUUGUGUAGAUCCCGCUUGCAAAUAUAGCGGCCACUUGCUUCUGGCUCACAUCAUUGCCAAAUUCGCAAUACAUAAGAAAAUCGUCCUUCAGGUUUUUCAUAGUCUUCUCAAGGCUCACGCGAUGGAAGCUCGAGCAAUUGUCAGGCAAGCGAUGGCCAUUUUGACCCCAGCAGUGCCUGCCAGGAUGGAGGACGGGCACCAGAUGCUGACGCACUGGACGAGGAAGAUCAUCGUGGAGGAGGGACACACUGUCCCUCAGCUGGUCCACAUCUUACAUUUGAUAGUGCAGCAUUUUAAGGUGUACUACCCGGUGCGGCACCACCUGGUGCAGCACAUGGUGAGCGCCAUGCAGAGACUGGGCUUCACACCCAGUGUGACCAUCGAGCAGAGGAGGCUGGCCGUCGACCUGUCUGAGGUUGUCAUCAAGUGGGAAUUGCAGAGGAUCAAGGACCAGCAGCCGGAUUCAGAUUUGGACCCAAAUUCCAGUGGAGAAGGAGUCAACUCUGUCUCAUCCUCCAUUAAAAGAGGCCUGUCAGUGGAUUCUGCCCAGGAAGUGAAACGCUUUAGGACAGCCACCGGAGCCAUCAGUGCAGUGUUUGGGAGGAGCCAGUCGCUGCCUGGAGCUGACUCUCUGCUUGCCAAGCCCAUCGACAAGCAGCACACAGACACCGUGGUGAACUUCCUCAUCCGCGUGGCUUGUCAGGUUAAUGACAACACUAACACUGCGGGGUCUCCUGGAGAAGUGCUGUCUCGUCGAUGUGUAAAUCUUCUAAAGACUGCAUUACGGCCAGACAUGUGGUCCAAGUCAGAGCUCAAAUUGCAGUGGUUCGACAAGCUGCUGAUGACUGUGGAGCAGCCAAAUCAGGUCAACUACGGAAACAUUUGCACGGGAUUGGAGGUGCUGAGCUUCCUGCUGACGGUUCUGCAGUCCCCGGCCAUCCUCAGUAGCUUCAAGCCCCUGCAGCGCGGCAUCGCAGCCUGUAUGACGUGUGGAAACACCAAGGUGUUGCGAGCCGUCCACAGCCUUCUCUCUCGCCUGAUGAGCAUUUUCCCAACCGAGCCAAGUACUUCCAGUGUGGCCUCCAAGUACGAAGAGCUGGAGUGCCUCUACGCGGCCGUCGGGAAGGUCAUCUAUGAAGGGCUCACCAACUAUGAGAAGGCCACCAAUGCCAAUCCCUCCCAACUCUUUGGGACCCUUAUGAUUCUCAAGUCCGCCUGCAGCAACAACCCAAGCUACAUAGACAGGCUGAUUUCCGUGUUUAUGCGCUCCCUGCAGAAGAUGGUCCGAGAGCACCUGAAUCCACAGGCAGCAUCAGGAAGCACGGAAGCAGCCUCAGGCACGAGUGAGCUGGUGAUGCUCAGCCUGGAGCUGGUGAAAACGCGGCUGGCGGUGAUGAGCAUGGAGAUGAGGAAGAACUUCAUUCAGGCCAUUCUCACGUCACUCAUUGAGAAGUCACCUGAUGCCAAAAUCCUCCGGGCUGUGGUCAAAAUUGUGGAAGAAUGGGUGAAGAAUAACUCCCCGAUGGCAGCCAAUCAGACACCAACACUCCGGGAGAAGUCCAUUUUGCUUGUGAAAAUGAUGACCUACAUAGAAAAACGUUUUCCAGAAGACCUUGAAUUAAAUGCCCAGUUUUUAGACCUUGUUAACUAUGUCUACAGGGAUGAGACGCUGUCUGGCAGUGAGCUGACUGCAAAACUUGAGCCUGCCUUUCUCUCCGGGCUGCGCUGUGCCCAGCCACUCAUCAGGGCAAAGUUUUUUGAGGUUUUUGACAACUCUAUGAAACGUCGGGUCUAUGAGCGCCUGCUUUAUGUGACCUGUUCCCAGAACUGGGAAGCCAUGGGGAACCACUUUUGGAUCAAGCAGUGCAUUGAGCUCCUCUUGGCCGUGUGUGAGAAGAGCACCCCCAUUGGUACCAGCUGCCAGGGAGCCAUGCUCCCGUCCAUCACCAACGUCAUCAACCUGGCCGACAGCCACGACCGAGCCGCCUUCGCCAUGGUCACACACGUCAAGCAGGAGCCUCGAGAGCGGGAGAACAGUGAGUCCAAAGAGGAGGAUGUAGAAAUAGAUAUUGAACUGGCUCCUGGAGAUCAGACCAGCACGCCCAAAACCAAAGAACUUUCUGAAAAGGACAUUGGAAAUCAGCUGCAUAUGUUAACCAACAGGCACGACAAAUUUCUGGACACGCUCCGUGAAGUGAAGACUGGAGCACUGCUCAGCGCCUUUGUUCAGCUGUGCCACAUUUCCACGACUCUGGCAGAGAAGACGUGGGUCCAGCUUUUUCCCAGAUUGUGGAAAAUCCUCUCGGACAGACAGCAGCAUGCUCUUGCGGGGGAGAUAAGUCCGUUCCUGUGCAGUGGCAGUCACCAGGUGCAGCGGGAUUGUCAGCCCAGCGCGCUGAACUGCUUUGUGGAAGCGAUGUCCCAGUGUGUCCCCCCGAUCCCCAUCAGACCCUGUGUUCUGAAGUACCUGGGGAAGACACACAACCUCUGGUUCCGGUCCACGCUGAUGCUGGAACACCAGGCUUUCGAGAAAGGCCUGAGUCUUCAGAUCAAGCCGAAGCAGACAACAGAGUUCUAUGAGCAGGAGAGCAUAACUCCACCUCAGCAGGAGAUACUGGAUUCCCUUGCUGAGCUUUAUUCCCUGUUACAAGAGGAAGACAUGUGGGCUGGCUUGUGGCAGAAGCGUUGCAAAUACUCAGAGACGGCCACUGCCCUUGCGUAUGAGCAGCAUGGAUUCUUCGAGCAGGCACAAGAAUCCUAUGAAAAGGCAAUGGAUAAAGCCAAGAAAGAGCACGAGAGGAGUAACGCGUCCCCUGCUAUUUUCCCCGAAUAUCAGCUCUGGGAAGACCACUGGAUUCGGUGCUCUAAGGAGUUGAACCAGUGGGAGGCCUUGACAGAAUAUGGCCAGUCCAAAGGCCACAUAAACCCCUACCUCGUCCUGGAGUGUGCUUGGCGGGUAUCCAACUGGACCGCCAUGAAGGAGGCGCUGGUGCAGGUAGAAGUAAGUUGUCCAAAAGAGAUGGCUUGGAAGGUCAACAUGUACCGAGGAUACCUGGCCAUCUGCCACCCAGAGGAGCAGCAGCUCAACUUCAUCGAACGCCUGGUGGAGAUGGCCAGCAGCUUGGCCAUCCGAGAGUGGCGGCGGCUGCCCCACGUGGUGUCCCAUGUGCACACGCCUCUUCUGCAGGCAGCCCAGCAAAUCAUCGAACUUCAGGAAGCUGCACAAAUAAAUGCAGGUUUACAGCCGACCAACCUAGGGAGGAACAACAGCCUCCACGACAUGAAGACGGUGGUGAAAACCUGGAGGAACAGGCUGCCCAUCGUGUCUGACGACUUGUCCCACUGGAGUAGCAUCUUCAUGUGGCGGCAGCAUCAUUACCAGGGUAAACCGACCUGGUCCGGCAUGCAUUCAUCAUCUAUUGUAACUGCAUAUGAAAAUAGUUCUCAGCAUGAUCCAAGUUCAAAUAACGCUAUGCUUGGGGUUCACGCAUCAGCUUCAGCCAUCAUCCAAUAUGGAAAAAUUGCCCGAAAACAAGGACUAGUCAACGUAGCUCUGGAUAUAUUAAGUCGUAUUCAUACUAUUCCAACUGUUCCUAUCGUGGAUUGCUUCCAGAAGAUCCGACAGCAGGUUAAGUGCUACCUCCAGCUGGCAGGAGUCAUGGGCAAAAAUGAGUGCAUGCAGGGCCUUGAAGUUAUUGAAUCAACAAACUUAAAAUACUUCACAAAAGAGAUGACCGCUGAAUUUUAUGCACUGAAGGGAAUGUUCUUGGCUCAGAUCAACAAGUCUGAGGAAGCAAACAAAGCCUUUUCUGCAGCUGUGCAGAUGCAUGACGUGCUGGUGAAAGCCUGGGCCAUGUGGGGUGACUACCUGGAGAACAUCUUUGUCAAGGAGCGACAGCUGCACUUGGGAGUAUCUGCCAUUACCUGCUACCUGCACGCAUGCCGGCAUCAGAACGAGAGCAAAUCAAGGAAAUACUUGGCCAAGGUGCUGUGGCUUUUGAGUUUUGAUGAUGACAAAAAUACUUUGGCAGAUGCUGUCGACAAGUACUGCAUCGGCGUGCCGCCCAUCCAGUGGCUGGCCUGGAUCCCGCAGCUGCUCACCUGCCUGGUUGGCUCGGAGGGAAAACUGCUCUUGAACCUCAUUAGCCAGGUUGGACGAGUGUAUCCCCAAGCGGUCUACUUUCCCAUCCGGACCCUGUACCUGACCCUGAAAAUAGAGCAGCGGGAGCGCUACAAGAGCGAUCCAGGGCCCAUAAGAGCAACAGCACCAAUGUGGCGCUGCAGCCGAAUCAUGCACAUGCAGCGAGAGCUCCACCCCACCCUUCUGUCUUCCCUGGAAGGCAUCGUCGAUCAGAUGGUCUGGUUCAGAGAAAAUUGGCACGAAGAGGUUCUCAGGCAGCUCCAACAGGGCCUGGCGAAGUGUUACUCUGUGGCAUUUGAGAAAAGCGGAGCAGUGUCCGAUGCCAAAAUCACCCCCCAUACUCUCAAUUUUGUCAAGAAGUUGGUGAGCACCUUCGGGGUGGGACUGGAGAACGUGUCCAACGUCUCAACCAUGUUCUCCAGCGCGGCCUCCGAGUCUCUGGCCAGGCGAGCCCAGGCCACUGCGCAGGACCCUGUCUUUCAGAAGCUGAAAGGCCAGUUCACAACGGAUUUUGACUUCAGUGUCCCAGGAUCCAUGAAGCUUCAUAAUCUCAUUUCUAAACUGAAAAAGUGGAUCAAAAUCCUGGAGGCUAAAACCAAGCAACUUCCAAAAUUCUUCCUCAUCGAAGAAAAGUGCCGGUUUUUGAGCAAUUUUUCGUCACAGACAGCUGAAGUGGAAAUUCCUGGGGAAUUUCUGAUGCCGAAGCCAACACAUUAUUACAUCAAAAUCGCUCGGUUUAUGCCCAGGGUGGAGAUCGUGCAGAAGCACAACACGGCGGCCCGGAGGCUGUACAUCCGCGGGCACAACGGCAAGAUCUACCCCUACCUCGUCAUGAACGACGCCUGCCUCACCGAGUCGCGGCGGGAGGAGCGUGUGUUGCAGCUGCUCCGCCUGCUGAACCCCUGUUUGGAGAAGAGAAAGGAAACCACCAAGAGGCACUUAUUUUUCACAGUCCCCCGGGUUGUGGCCGUGUCCCCGCAGAUGCGCCUCGUGGAAGACAACCCCUCUUCUCUUUCCCUCGUGGAGAUCUACAAGCAGCGCUGCGCCAAGAAGGGCAUCGAGCACGACAACCCCAUCUCCCGCUACUAUGACAGGCUGGCAACGGUGCAGGCGCGAGGCACCCAGGCCAGCCACCAGGUCCUGCGAGACAUCCUCAAGGAAGUUCAGAGUAACAUGGUGCCACGCAGCAUGCUCAAAGAGUGGGCCCUGCACACGUUCCCCAACGCCACGGACUACUGGACCUUCCGCAAGAUGUUCACCAUCCAGCUUGCGCUGAUUGGCUUUGCAGAAUUCGUCCUGCAUUUAAAUAGACUCAACCCCGAGAUGCUACAGAUCGCUCAGGACACCGGCAAACUCAACGUCGCCUACUUUCGAUUUGACAUCAACGAUGCCACUGGAGACCUGGAUGCCAACCGCCCUGUCCCUUUCCGCCUCACACCCAACAUUUCCGAAUUUCUGACCACCAUCGGCGUCUCUGGCCCAUUGACGGCCUCCAUGAUCGCUGUUGCCCGGUGCUUCGCCCAGCCGAACUUUAAGGUGGACGGCAUCCUGAAAACCGUGCUCCGGGACGAGAUCAUCGCCUGGCACAAGAAAACGCAGGAGGACACCUCCUCUCCUCUGUCGGCCGCUGGGCAGCCCGAGAACAUGGACAGCCAGCAGCUGGUGUCCCUGGUUCAGAAAGCUGUUACCGCCAUCAUGACCCGCCUGCACAACCUUGCCCAGUUUGAAGGUGGCGAGAGCAAAGUGAACACCCUGGUGGCCGCCGCGAACAGUCUGGACAACCUGUGCCGCAUGGACCCCGCCUGGCACCCGUGGCUGUGA